CUGAGUGAAUGGGAUCCGAUCUGAUCUGAAGCGCGGGCAGCUCCGCCGCUGGGAGCAGAGAGAGAGGAGAGACCUCCCCGUACACACCCACUCAGCCGCCCCGCGCCUCUUCCCUCUUCUCAAACUCUCUUGCCGGGCGUGACCGAGGCUGCUCCCGCUGAUCGGGAACAGGUACCGGAGCCACACCAGCCGGGCAGCGCAGCUCCAAGCCAUCGGUCCCCAGCGGAGCAGCAGCCAGGGCUGUGUUGUUUGACUCUGGGAGCAGGGGAGGAGAUAGUGACCGGUUUUAUUUAGGCUGCACACGAGGCAUAUUUAACUAGUUAUAUAACUCUGACCCUGGUCCGUGUCGGCCGGGCGCAGGGUGGGUAUGUGCGUACUGAUUCCCGUCACACGGCGGGGUGGACUCGAGCGCUAGGAGCUAGUUACCAAAGUUAUUUUCAGAAACCCUAAGUGCAGGUUUCCCUGCCUGUACCCUGGACUGCUUUAUCAGGAGGCAUUUCCCGCCUGCGAGCUGAACAGCCAGUGAGAGUGGGUUUACUGCUCGCUGGGCUGAGAUAAGGAGUUGUCGGGAGUGACUGGAAACUUUUGUCCUGAAGACCCUGAGACAAGAAUAGCAGAAGGGCUGAGAGUGUGCAGCCACAUUGAGCAAGUGCUGGGGCAGAGUCUCAGGCAGAGGUCUUGCCUCAGUGCACUGAGCAACAUGUUACUCUUGGAUGAGUCUCAGCAGUUUACAGACCAACCCCAGGAAGCUGUGUUCGGCAGUGACCAUGUUGAACACGCAGAGGAUGGAGAAUGGCAGCGCUCUACUUCAACUACCUCAUCUCAGAGUGAGCGGGCAGAGCGACUCUUGCAGAACCAGCACAAGAGCCUGGCCUCUGAGGACACCAAAAAGAAGAGAGCCCAGAAACCGUCUCACAUGCGGAGGAACAUAAGAAAGCUGUUGCGUGAGGACCAACUGGAAGCCGUGACGAAAGCAGCCCAGCAGGAAGAGUUGGAGAGGAGGAAGCGGCUAGAACAGCAGCGGAAGGACUACCCAGCCACCAUACCUACUGUGCCCCUGGAGCUUCUUCCUGAGGAGGUGGUUUUCAGAACAGCAGAGGCUACCCAGCUCCCCCCUCAGGUCCUGGCUGAGGAAGUCAUCUGCUUGGAUAGUACCAGCAGUGGCAGUGAAGAUGAUGCUAAAGGCAAAAAUAGCAUAAAGGAUGAAGUGAUUGAGCUGAGUUCAGGAGAGGAUGAUGCCCUCCAAAUUGUGGACAGCAGUGACUCUGGCAAUGAAGGGGAGGAGGAUGGCAGUGAAGAGAGCAGUGGCUCUCAUGUGAAUGAUGCCUUAAAUCAGUCAGAUGCUCUGGGGCAAGUCAUUGUCAACAUCAAUCAUCCACCAAAUGAGGAGGACAUUUUCCUGGCUCCCCAGCUUGCACAUGCAGUAAAACCUCAUCAGAUUGGUGGGAUCCGAUUCCUGUAUGACAACUUGGUAGAGUCCUUGGAGAGAUUUAAAACCAGCAGUGGGUUUGGGUGUAUUUUAGCACAUAGCAUGGGCCUGGGCAAGACCAUCCAGGUCAUCUCUUUCUUGGAUGUACUUUUCCGGCACACGGAGGCAAAGACUGUUCUUGCCAUUGUACCUGUGAAUACGCUUCAAAACUGGCUAGCAGAAUUCAACAUGUGGCUCCCAGCACCUGAAAACCUUCCUGCUGAUUAUAACUCCAAAGAGAUCCAGCCCCGCACUUUCAAAGUCCACAUCCUGAAUGAUGAACACAAGACAGCAGCUGCACGUGCAAAGGUGGUGAAUGACUGGGUGACAGAAGGUGGUGUGCUGCUGAUGGGAUAUGAGAUGUACCGUCUCCUCUCACUGAAGAAGUCUUUUGCCACUGGUAGGAAAAAGAAAACAAAGAAACAAGCUGGCCCUGUCAUUAUUGACUUGGAUGAGGAAGACCGUCAGCAGGAGCUUCUGAAAGGGAUUGAGAAAGCUCUGUCUCGCCCUGGCCCAGAUGUGGUUAUCUGUGAUGAGGGGCACCGGAUAAAGAACUGCCAUGCCAGCACCUCGCAGGCCCUGAAGAACAUCCGCUCCCGCCGGCGGGUGGUGCUGACCGGCUACCCGCUCCAGAACAACCUCAUUGAGUACUGGUGCAUGGUGGACUUUGUCCGACCAGACUUUCUCGGCUCGCGGCAGGAGUUCAGCAACAUGUUUGAGCGUCCUAUCCUGAAUGGGCAGUGUAUCGACAGCACCCCGCAGGAUGUGCGCCUCAUGAGGUACCGCAGCCACGUCCUCCAUAGCCUGCUGGAAGGCUUUGUGCAGCGGCGAGGCUACAACGUGCUGAAGGUUCAGCUCCCAUCUAAAGAAGAGCACGUCAUCCUGGUGCGGCUCUCCAAGAUCCAGCGGGCCCUUUAUACUGAGUUCAUGAACCGCUUCCGAGACGCAGGCAACAGUGGCUGGCUGGGACUCAACCCACUCAAAGCUUUCUGUGUCUGUUGUAAGAUCUGGAACCAUCCAGACGUAUUGUAUGAAGCUCUGCAAAAGGAGAAUCUGGCAAAUGAGCAGGAUUUGGAUGUGGAUGACCUUGGCACAGCAAGUACUAAUUCCCGCUGCCAGCCUCAGGGAAUUAAAGUCAAAACAGAGAGCAAUGCAUUGGCAUCACCAGUUGGAGAAGCUACUAACAGCAAGUUCCUCCAGAGUGUUGGCUUCAACCCCUUUCAAGAGAGAGCAAAUCAGGUUGUUACGUAUGAGUGGGCCAAAGACAUCUUGUGUAAUUACCAGACAGGAGUCUUGGAGAACUCACCCAAGAUGGUGUUACUGUUCCACCUAAUAGAGGAAAGUGUGAAGCUUGGAGACAAGAUCUUGGUCUUCAGCCAGAGCUUGUCCACUUUAUCUGUCAUUGAAGAGUUUUUGGCAGAGAGACCGAUGCCAAGUACUCCGUGCUCAGAUGGAGGAGGUCACAACUGGGUCCGAAACAUCAACUAUUACAGGCUGGAUGGCAGCACCUCUGCCUCAGAAAGGGAAAGACUGAUUAACCAGUUCAAUGACCCCAGCAACACCUCUGUUUGGCUCUUCCUUUUGUCCACACGUGCUGGGUGUCUGGGUGUCAACCUCAUUGGAGCAAACAGAGUGGUGGUGUUUGAUGCUUCUUGGAACCCAUGCCACGAUGCCCAGGCCGUGUGCCGAGUGUACCGCUACGGGCAGAAGAAGCCAUGCCACAUCUACAGACUGGUGUCUGAUUACACCCUCGAGAAGAAGAUCUAUGACCGUCAGAUCUCCAAGCAGAGCAUGUCAGAUCGGGUGGUGGAUGAUCUGAACCCAGUGCUGAACUUCACCCGACGGGAGGUGGAGAACCUGCUGCAUUUUGUGGAAGAGGAAUCCGACCCUGCUCAGUUCUCUCUCAGUCCAAGCAAGAUGAAGGAGUCUGUUCUACAAUUAGCCUGUCUCAAGUAUCCUCACCUCAUCACCAAGGAGCCUUUUCAGCAUGAGUCACUGCUGAUCGACCGGAAGGAGCACAAGCUGACCAAGGCAGAGAAGAAAGCGGCCAAGAAGAGCUACGAGGAAGAAAAACGAGCAUCCGUCCCCUACACCCGGCCGUCCUACGCACAGUAUUACCCAGCCAGUGACCAGAGCCUGACCAGCAUCCCUGCCUUUAGCCAGAGGAACUGGCGACCAGCCCUCAAGGGUGAGGACAAGCCGGUGGCAAGUGUCCGCCCAGUUCAAUCCACUCCCAUUCCUAUGAUGCCCCGACAUGUGCCCAUGGGCAGUGCAGGAUCAACCUCAAGUUCCAAUCCUGCUGUGAACUUCCCCAUCAACUAUCUACAACGAGCUGGUGUCUUUGUGCAGAAGAUUGUCACCACCACAGAUAUUGUAAUUCCGGGUACAAACACAUCCACUGAUGUCCAGGCAAGAAUCAGUGCUGGUGAGAGCAUCCACGUCAUCCGAGGGACAAAAGGGACAUACAUCCGGACCAGUGACGGGCGGAUUUUUGCCAUCCGGACCACUGGGAAGCCAAAGGGCAGUGAAGACCGCCGGACAGCCACCUCAGGCUCCCAGAGCUCUUCACUGGAGUCCACGAGCAACGGCAGACACAGUGCCUCAUCGCCGCAGCUCCCCAGCACAGAGGAGCUCACUCGGCCCAUAUCCCCUGACAGCCCCGAGAUCAUCAGCGAGCUGCAGCAGUACGCGGAGGCAGCAGCCGCCCGGGAGUCCCGGCACAGCUCUCCCAGCACCAUCGCGGCUCAAGGCCACCCUGCCCGCACAGACAACGCGCCUGGCCCGGCGGCCCGGGGAGCCGAGCAGCGUGCAGGGGUUCACUGCGUGGCUCCCGCCCUGUCUUCAGCCCUGCCCGCCACCGGCCAGCACGCCGACGCCCACUCGGUGUUGGACUUACGGGGCAACAAGCGCAAGUCGACCUCGCCAUCGGCUCUGGAGGAGCAGGCCCGCAGGCAGCAGAAGAAGCGCCAGCUGCCGUCGUCCCUGCAGCCCUACGAACACGGGUACCCCGUCUCUGGUGGGUUCGCCAUGCCUCCUGUCUCUUUAAACCACAACCUAACUCAUCCGUUAGCCUCCCAACCGGGAAACUCCUUGUACGUGGGCACUGGCUCCUCUUACUACCAGCUGCCCAACUUACUCCCAGACCCUCAUCUGGUGUUCCCUGUGACUACUGACCCUCUGCUGACAGCCGGCACCGCCAGCUCUUCUGCUGCUACCUCAGCCACCGCCAGCGUCCCCUCAUUCAUGAUAAACCCUUCUCUGACAGGGGUGCUGCCCAAUUACUCGCUUCCCUUCACGCAGUCACUCCUGCCCGAGCCCAGGAUGUUUGCUCCUUUCCCAGCCCCCGUCUUGCCUAGCAGCCUUCCCAGGAGCAUGGCGUCUGCCUACCCUGGCUACAUGUCCCCUCACUCGGGCUACCCGUCUGGGGGCCUCCUUCGGUCCCAGGUGCCUCAGUUUGAACCCCAGGAGGUCCCAGAGGUGGGAUGCAGCUCUAAUGAUGAGGACAAAGACGACGAUGUUAUAGAGGUCACAGGGAAAUAAAAGGCCAGCUCUUGCUCGGUCCCAACUCCGUGAGGAGGCAACAGUUGCAGGACCUAUUUUUUGGGAGUCAGGAUUUCCCCUCUGGGUCUCGUCAGUAGGUGGAGAAGGAUGCAAGGGGCGUGGUGUGGGGGUGGUUUUGUUCUCGGUUUGUUUUGUUGUUUUUUAGCUGUCGAGGUUCUGAACUGUAUUAGGGGCUGGGGGAUGGGAGGGGGAUAGAACGGACCCACAAGGGCCAGGGGAGGAGCGAAGCAGCCAUGCAAACCAUAAGAGUGCCUCCCUCCCACCCUCUGUCUGUCUGUCUCUGUUCUCUGUCUCGUGUGGAAGGGGGAGGCUUGGUGUUGCGAGUCACUGUCCUUCUCAGGCCUGGAGGCUUGACUGCUGGCAGGGCCGAGGUCCCUCUCACAUGAACUGCCUUAUCUGUGAACUUCUCACUCCGGGAGGUGUGGGCCAGGGUGGGGCAACUCCAGGAGAGGCUGGGGAGUAACA